AUGGCGGCAUCUGCGAGAGCCUCUCGCGCUCUGGUCUUCAUGAAGCAUUGUCGGCGCACUUCCAUCGUCCCAAGUAGCAGCCGCCAUGCUUCAUCCCACGCCGUUUCUUCUCCGUCGCCAUACGCACCCUCAAACUUCACCCGCCAGGUAGCACCACCCUCGACUGCAUCGUCACCCAAGCCGGACGCAUCCUACGACAGCUUCCCAUCACCCUCCUCCUCCUCAGUUCUCUCCUCCCUCCCCACCCCACGACCGCUCUAUGCACACCCAAAGUCCCGCUCCCCGCCUCCGCCGGUCGAAAUCCCAGGCACCAGACUGACGCCGUACACAUGGUUCCUGUCGCUGCUGGGCAUCGCGCCCAAGCCGUCCGCGUCGUACACGCCGGCGCCCUUCCGCGUGACCAACAACCCGUAUCGCGCGCGCAAGAAGUGGCCGCCCGACUUCCGCAACCUCGACCCCAAGCAACAGUUCCACUUCGAGAAGACGUACAGGAGGAGGGCCGCCUUGAAGUGGGCGCGGCCCAGGUGGAACAAGGCCAUAAAGCUGCUACAGCAGACGUUGAUCACGGCCACAAUCAUCUAUUUCGUCUUCAUCUGCGAGCCGAGUCACGGGCAGGGCACGCCAUUUGACGGGUUUCGGAUAUGGUUCUUCGAUAAGCUGGGAAAUUUGGGUCAGUUGCCUGAAUCUACUAGAGAAGAGGCGGAUAAGUUGAGCGAGGAGGCGAAGAAAAGGAUGAAGCAACCUGCCGAGGUCUCUCCUCAGGCCGCCACAUCUUGA